CUGCCCUCCCUCCCCAUUCCUCCCCUCCCGGCGAGGGGCGGGAGGGGGCGUGGCGGGGCCGGGGUUUGUGUGGCUGGGACCCGGCUCCUCGCACUCCGAGUCCGCCCGAGGAGCCGGGCCCCGGCCGCUGUCCAGCCGCUCCGUGCCCCGCGCGUCCUGCGCCGCCGCCACCGCCUCCUGGGGAGACGCAGCCACUUGCCCGCCAUGGAUACUCCCAGGGUCCUGCUCUCGGCCGUCUUCCUCAUCAGUUUUCUGUGGGAUUUGCCCGGUUUCCAGCAGGCUUCCAUCUCAUCCUCCUCGUCGUCCGCCGAGCUGGGUUCCACCAAGGGCAUGCGGAGCCGCAAGGAAGGCAAGAUGCAGCGGGCGCCGCGCGACAGUGACGCGGGCCGGGAGGGCCAGGAACCACAGCCGCGGCCUCAGGACGAACCCCGGGCUCAGCAGCCCCGGGCGCAGGAGCCGCCAGGCAGGGGUCCGCGCGUGGUGCCCCACGAGUACAUGCUGUCAAUCUACAGGACUUACUCCAUCGCUGAGAAGCUGGGCAUCAAUGCCAGCUUUUUCCAGUCUUCCAAGUCGGCUAAUAUGAUCACCAGCUUUGUAGACAGGGGACUAGACGAUCUCUCGCACACUCCUCUCCGGAGACAGAAGUAUUUGUUUGAUGUGUCCAUGCUCUCAGACAAAGAAGAGCUGGUGGGCGCGGAGCUGCGGCUCUUUCGCCAGGCGCCCUCAGCGCCCUGGGGGCCACCAGCCGGGCCGCUCCACGUGCAGCUCUUCCCUUGCCUUUCGCCCCUACUGCUGGACGCGCGGACCCUGGACCCGCAGGGGGCGCCGCCGGCCGGCUGGGAAGUCUUCGACGUGUGGCAGGGCCUGCGCCACCAGCCCUGGAAGCAGCUGUGCUUGGAGCUGCGGGCCGCAUGGGGCGAGCUGGACGCCGGGGAGGCCGAGGCGCGCGCGCGGGGACCCCAGCAACCGCCGCCCCCGGACCUGCGGAGUCUGGGCUUCGGCCGGAGGGUGCGGCCUCCCCAGGAGCGGGCCCUGCUGGUGGUAUUCACCAGAUCCCAGCGCAAGAACCUGUUCGCAGAGAUGCGCGAGCAGCUGGGCUCGGCCGAGGCUGCGGGCCCGGGCGCGGGCGCCGAGGGGUCGUGGCCACCGCCGUCGGGCGCCCCGGACGCCAGGCCUUGGCUGCCCUCGCCCGGCCGCCGGCGGCGGCGCACGGCCUUCGCCAGUCGCCAUGGCAAGCGGCACGGCAAGAAGUCCAGGCUACGCUGCAGCAAGAAGCCCCUGCACGUGAACUUCAAGGAGCUGGGCUGGGACGACUGGAUUAUCGCGCCCCUGGAGUACGAGGCCUAUCACUGCGAGGGUGUAUGCGACUUCCCGCUGCGCUCGCACCUGGAGCCCACCAACCACGCCAUCAUCCAGACGCUGAUGAACUCCAUGGACCCCGGCUCCACCCCGCCCAGCUGCUGCGUGCCCACCAAAUUGACUCCCAUCAGCAUUCUAUACAUCGACGCGGGCAAUAAUGUGGUCUACAAGCAGUACGAGGACAUGGUGGUGGAGUCGUGCGGCUGCAGGUAGCGGUGCCUUUCCCGCCGCCUUGGCCCGGAACCAAGGUGGGCCAAGGUCCGCCUUGCAGGGGAGGCCUGGCUGCAGAGAGGCGGAGGAGGAAGCUGGCGCUGGGGGAGGCUGAGGGUGAGGGAACAGCCUGGAUGUGAGAGCCGGUGGGAGAGAAGGGAGCGCAGCCUUCCCGGUAACUUCUACCUGCCAGCCCAGAGGGAAAUAUGGAUUUUCACACCUUGCCUGGCCACCCUGGAAAAACAAGCCAAGGAGGAUUUCUUUUGUUCUGUUUCUCUCUCUCUCUCUCUCUCUCUCUCUCUCUCUCUAUUACUGUGGCUUUGGAUUUCCUUAUGUGUCUUACAGGCUUUGAUAGAAGGGGAGGGGAGGGAAGAUGCAUACCCGUUUCUCAACUGCUCCAUGGAUUGAAAAAAUAACAGUUUAAAAAGGGAAACAAUGUGGGAGGAAGAAUCACCGUUGACGCAUCUUGAUUUGGUUGGUUUUUACAUGUGUAAAGAAGGUGGGGUCUCUGGCCAUGUCAUAGCCCAUGUCUUGUGCCCUCCCACACAGAAAGUGUUAGAUAGGGAAAUUGGCAAAAAGAAUAGUUAAGUCAGGAAUGGUCCUGCCUAUAGAAGAGCUUUGAGAGAGGUGGGCCCACGGGUGCCCCUCUCACCCAUUUGUGUACUCUGUGAGUUUACCAGCUCUGCCCUGGCCUCUUUCGGUACCAGGAACUGGCAACCUUCAUCUCACUCCUGAGGGCCCAGGUCUCUGCCUUCAUUGUUGCUUUUUCUGGUGGGGGCAAGGGGAGCUGGUAUGGAUGGAAUGACAAGAAUUAGUCCAAAUGGAACCCCUUGAAGGAUAAUGAAAAACCACAAGGCCUGCCUCUGACUGGGGCUGACACGGAGGUGCAUUAGCCCAGGCUGGAGGUAGCCCACCCAAAUGCCCUUUCUGAUUCUAAUUGAUUUCUUUCAACAGAAUUUGCCAAAAUUCAGACAUGCACUUCUAAGGGGAAGGUGAUUUUCCAGUUCAAAAAAAUGGGCAGGAGUGGGGAACAAAACAAUUAAUGUAAGAGCUACAAAGGAGGGAAUAGGAACCAAGAAGUAGAAGGAGUCCCAUCAGGAGGGAAGAUGGUGGGCCUCAGGGAGGAUGGGGAUCAAGGGACAGGCCAGGAGCCAGGAGUGGGGAAGGGAGGGAUGAAAGGGGACACAAGUCCCUGUCUCUGAAGGUUCUUUAAAAUCUGAGUUCCCUCCCCUCUCUUUGACAUUCCUGAAAGAUUACCAGCCAGCAAUAGCCCCGGGCUCCCCCAAAAGAAUUGUUUCAGAUUGUAAUUAUCAGUUAGGCAAUGUUUUUAAAACUUAGUAAUGAGAAACUGUGAAAAGAGCCAAGUGUUACAUUGAGCUUGGGGUGGGAGAUGGGGAACAGGCAGUGAGGAAGGAGACAGGGGUGGAAUUCGUCUUCUGGGAGGAAGCUGGAGAGAGCACAGUGAAAUUGAAAUACCCAUUCCCAGAUAGUCAAAAACAUGAACUUUCCCCCAGCCUGCACCAGUAUUGUUUUCAAACAUUGCCCAUGAGUAGGCCCUUUGAAGAGUUAGCUUCCUCCUCAUCUUUGACUAUAAAAUUGUUUAAUCAAUGGAAUUUGUACCAGCCCUUCAAAAAGUUUUAGUUUUUCCUAAGUGAUUUUGCUCUCUUCCAAUCUAAACCUGUUGCUUGUUUGGUUCAGAGAACUACAAACUGUCAAAGAAAGGGUGGGGAUGAUAAGAAAUGCUAAUAUAAAAAUGCUAAGUGAAAAAAAGACUUGGCCAGGAGAAAUAAUUUAAAAUGCACAUUUGCUUUGGAUGCACUGUUGUUCUGUUAAGGCUGUAUAUAUUUGUUUAUUUAAGGUGACUGAAAGUGCAAAGAGGAAAUGGACAGCAUGCAAUUCAUCCUAAUGUACAAAACGUUAUAUGCACUCAAAUGUUAUAAUUUCUAAAAUUUUUAAAGUUUAUAUUCGAGUUGUACAAAGUUAAGCAUUAAUCAGAUAUUUCAUUUUUUCAUAAUGUUACCAUUUUCUUAAAUAUUAUUACAAAAUUUUAAGUCUGUCUAAUGGAGAGUUUUUUUUAAACUGUCUACCUCAUAUAAUACAAGUAUUUACAACGCUAAGGUUACCAGAGGUCAAUGAAUAAUCAAAACAUUUUUUACAGUACACCUUUCCUGGAUAAUACGCAAUCGAAUGCUAUAUUAUUAAACGCAUUUUUCUCCUUAAUAACUCAGCCUGGUUUAUAUGGAUCGAUUUAGAAAAAUCCUUUUCUCACAGAAUUAUUGUCAGAGGUAGUUUGUUCCAGUAUGGGACUGAAUGUCUGAAAACAAACUGAUGAUUUUAAAAAUCUGUCAUUUAGAGCAUUACACUUUUUCUUCAUAACUCUUCAAUAACUCCUUUUUCAUGACAUUUUUAUUCACUAGAAUAAAGCCAAAUCCUUGUCACCUAUUAGACCAGUGUUUAUAAGCCUGUCCCUCAUCCCAGCACUUCAGGAAUCCAAAUAGAAAUUGGAUUAUUUCUUAGUUGCUUUAAUGUUGAAAAAAACAAAGCGGUAAUGUUGAGGUAAGAAAGUGGUUACCUAAGUCAACCAAGAUGUCAGUGUAAUUACUCAUUACCUUUGUGGCAUACUGGAAGCAGAA